AAAAGUUCAACGACUCAUAUUUUUAUCUUCCUGCAUCUAAUCAAAAAAUCAAUCACAGCAAGAAGAACAACUGUGGAAUAAUGGCUUCCAGGUAUUGGGUGGUUUCUCUUCCCGUUCAGCAAAAUUCGUCUACUACUUCUCUCUGGAGUCGCCUUCAAGAAUCCAUAUCCAGGCAUUCAUUCGACACUCCUCUUUAUAGAUUUAACAUCCCCAAUCUCCGUGUCGGUACAUUGGAUUCGCUUUUAGCUCUCAGCGAUGAUCUCGUCAAGUCAAAUAGCUUCAUUGAAGGGGUCUGCUCCAAGACACGACGUCAGAUCGAGGAAUUGGAGAGAGUUUCUGGUGUCCUCAGUAGCUCUCUCACUGUAGAUGGGGUUCCUGUUGACUCAUACCUCACUAGGUUUGCAUGGGAUGAGGCAAAGUAUCCCACAAUGUCACCUCUUAAGGAGAUUGUGGAUGGAAUUCACAGCCAAGUUGCCAAGAUUGAGGAUGACCUUAAGGUUCGUGUUUCUGAGUAUAACAAUGUGCGUAGUCAACUUAAUGCCAUCAACCGAAAGCAAACCGGAAGCUUAGCUGUCCGUGAUCUGUCCAAUUUGGUAAAGCCAACAGAUGUUGUUACCUCAGAACACCUAACAACUCUCCUUGCUGUUGUUUCUAAUUACUCACAGAAAGACUGGUUAUCCAGUUACGAGACCCUGACCACCUAUGUGGUUCCCAGAUCUUCUAAGAUGCUCUAUGAGGACAAUGAAUAUGCUCUUUAUACUGUAACAUUAUUCAACCGUGAUGCCGACAAUUUCAAGAUUAAGGCGCGUGAAAGAGGCUUCCAGAUUCGCGAUUUUGAACAUAAUCCGGAGACUCAAGAAAGCCGGAAACAGGAGCUGGAAAAACUGAUGCAAGAUCAAGAGACAUUCAGAAGCUCUCUGUUGCAGUGGUGCUAUACCAGUUAUGGGGAGGUUUUUAGCUCCUGGAUGCACUUCUGUGCUGUGCGUAUCUUUGCUGAGAGCAUUUUGAGAUACGGGUUGCCUCCAUCAUUUUUGUCUGUUGUUUUGGCACCCUCAAUCAAAAGUGAGAAAAAAGUACGUUCCAUUCUCGAGUCACUCUGCGACAGUUCAAACAGCAAUUUCUGGAAAGCUGAUGAUGAAGGAGGAAUGGCUGGUUUUGGAGGUGACACAGAGGCUCAUCCUUACGUCUCCUUCACAAUAAAUCUUGUUUGAGUUCGAGGAAUGACUUUGUCUGUCCAUUGCAUUGGUUUGAUUCUAGUUGCUAUCAUCAAUAAGGGCAGGUUGCGCACUUGUACAAUAGAGAGGAUUGUCCAAUUAUUAUUUUUUAAUAUUAUAUGUUUAUUGUAAAACAUAUUUAUUUUUAUCACCUUAUCCUGCCUCCUUUAUUGGCCGGGUUGAUUGUAUUCCAACUCUUGCU